AUGCAUACCAACACUGGGGUGACCCCAUCCUUGAAGAUGGAGGAGGAGAAGGAGAGGGUAGGCUCAUCUGAGGUGAGCAAAGCCAAGGGAUUUCUCACUCAUUUUUGGAUGUCGGACACUAACCAGCUGAUAAAGCAUUUCCUGUAUCAGUAUUCUAGAAUGGAUUUCAGUGAGUCGGACUCCUAUGCAAGAUGUGCUCUGGAGAAUGGAAGUUGGGCAGUGGAGUUCCUGCUCCUUGGAUUCACUAAUGAAAGAGACAUAAACCUCAUACUCUUUACUUUCUUUCUGUUGGUUUACAUGUUGACCCUUUUAGGAAACAUCACCAUAAUCUCACUGAGUAGGACCAAUGCCUCUCUAAGAACCCCUAUGUAUUUUUUCCUAAACAAUUUCUCUUUCCUUGAGAUAGGUUACACCACAGUUACGGUACCCAGACUACUCUCUGAUCUCAUUUCUGGAAACAUGGCUAUCUCCUUUAAUAGCUGCAUCACUCAGAUGUAUUUCUUUUUUCUGUUUGGCACCACAGAAUUCUUUAUUCUGGCUCUCAUGGGAUUUGACCGUUAUCUUGCCAUCUGCCACCCUCUUCGUUACAAUAACAUCAUGAGCACACAGUUCUGCUUCCAGCUGGUAAUUGGAUCUUGGAUCAGUGGAUGCAUGGUUCCUGUAGUACCCACUAUAGUCCUAUCUUGGAAGCCGUUUUGUGGCUCAAAAACCAUCAACCAUUUUUUUUGUGAUGUCGGCCCACUGGUAAAGCUUUCAUCAUCUGAUACAGUCUUCUUAGAUACUUUUGUCCUAACCAUUUCAGCUGUGGUGGUACUUGGCUCCUUAAUCCUUGUUAUAGUGUCAUAUGUUUUUAUCAUAUCUACCAUUUUUCAAAUAGCUUCCUCAUCUGGCCGCUCCAAAGCCUUCUCCACAUGUACAUCCCAUUUUUCUGUUGUGACCAUUUUUUUUGGCACCGUGAUCUUUAUGUAUGUCCGUCCAUCCUCUGAAGAGAAUUACGAGAUGGACAAAGCUGUAUCAGUCUUUUAUUCUGUCGUCACUCCAGCACUUAAUCCUCUCAUUUAUAGUUUAAGAAACAAAGAAGUCAAAAAUGCCUUGGUGAAAGUACUAAAAAAAAAAAGACACUUUUUGAAUCAUUCAGAAGUCAUACAGUCUAUCAAAUUGAAGGCAUAUUCCUAA